CAAUACAAUCUCUCACCGCCGCACUUUCCUUAAUUCAAACGGGAAGGGGAUUCCGUUCCGUGGAAAACAAGGCGGAGCUCUGCCCUCUCCGCCCACUCCACCUAACCACUAUAUAUACAGAUAAAUCGACUCGCUCCAGGGCGAUGAAUAAAAAACGGAGGAUACUGCAGUUGCGCGCCGCCGACAGUUUCGGAGAAGACAACUCGGAGCGGAAGAAGAAGAAGCAGCAACAGUGUACAGCGGCGAUGGUGUCAAUGGAAUUAAAGCUGGAGAGCAAAAUCAAGGAGCGAUUGGCGAAGGACGAGGCAGCGUACGGGGCUUUUGUGGAGCAGUGGAGGCUGUACAAGGGAGGGAAGAUGAGCAAGCACGACCUCUGCUGCGAGAUCAUCAGUCUCUUCUCCGACGAGAUCCAUGACCUUGUCCCCGACCUCCGUCACUUCUUCAAAGACUCUUCACCCGCCGUCGCUUGAUCGUUACAAAAUGUCUUCCCCUCGCUUUCUGUGAGAUUGUUCUUCUCCGGUAGCGGAAUUAGGUGAAAUUUCGAUUCCAUUGUCCCUUCUUUUUUUAAUCGCCUUUUGUUUCGUGUGGAUUUGGUUAGGGUAGGCGUGAAUAAUUGUUGAGGUUUAUGGAUAUUGGAUUGGGAAUGAGAAGCACUUACUAAAAAUUAGGGUUUUGC